AUGGAGUCAAAGAUCAAGUCAGCUGAUAAACAAUCGACCGUGCCUGAUGGUGGCCUGCAAGCAUGGCUUCAGGUACUAGGCGCAUUUUUCCUGUUCUUCAAUACUUGGGGUAUCAUCAAUUCUUUUGGAGUAUUCCAAACCUAUUAUGAGCAGGAUCUUCUCGCAAGUUCCGACUCGUCCGACAUCUCGUGGAUCGGAUCUUUGCAAUCAUUUUUCAUCAUGUUCCUUGGCUUUAUCACUGGACCAGUCUAUGAUGCAGGAUAUUUCUACCAUCUCCUGCUUGUCGGGUCAUUUUUGGUGACCUUUGGCCACAUGAUGCUGAGUCUGUGUACCGUAUUUUGGCAGGUCCUGUUGGCACAGUCAUUCUGCAUUGGCCUCGGAGCCGGGUGCCUUUUUGUCCCCGGGGUGGCAAUUCUUUCGCAGUAUUUCAGCGCAAAGCUAUCAUUAGCUGUUGGCUUGGCAGCAUCCGGCGCGAGCGUUGGGGGUGUGGUUUACCCGGUAGCCUUCCGACAGCUUCAACAACAUCUUGGCUUCCCCUGGGCCGUUCGCAUAAUCGGGUUCGUUGCUCUUGGGGGUUUGUCUCUGUCCAACGUGUGUAUGCGGACUCGGACACUUCCUCUUGUGAAACGGAAGAUGGUUGAUUGGUCGGCAUUCACCGAGCUGCCGUAUCUCUUGUUCAGCGCCGGCCUAUUUGUUGCCUUCCUAGGGGCGUACACACCUUUUUAUUACAUCCAGCUCUUCGCUGAGGAUCGCAGUAUCACCAAUUCCGAUCUUGCGUUUUACUUGAUUGCGAUCCUCAACGCGGCAUCGACCGUGGGAAGGAUCGUGCCAAACUUCGUGGCCGACAAAUUAGGUCCUUUCAACAUGAUGGUACCUUGUGCGAUCAUUUGCGGCAUACUCAUCCUGACUCUACUCGCAGUCGAAGAGCAAGGGCCUCUCUUGGCAUGCACCGCCCUGUAUGGGGUCUUUUCUGGCUCUUUUGUUUCUUUGAGUCCUAGUAUUCUGGUCACACUGAGUCCGAAUUUGGGUGUCGUAGGGACAAGAAUGGGCAUGUGCUUCACUGUAAUGGGGUUGAGCCUACUCAUCGGCACACCCGUGGCCGGUGCAAUAUUGAGAUCAGGCUUCAACGACGUUUGGAUAUACGGGGGUGUCUUGACAACUACCGGUGGAGUAUUGAUAGGCCUUGCAAGGGCAGCAUAUACCAAAGGGCGUUGGUGGAGCAAAGUGUAA